AUGAAACUCUCUUUUGUGAACCGAAAGGCUGAGCCAGAUGCCAAAGAUCCCACUUUUGUCCCGACGGAAGUUGAAGAGGCUCUCAAAGUUGCUCCUGAGGUUCGAGAUUAUGCUGGCGCGCAUGCGAAGUAUGACCCAACCGAGAUCGCCCUGGUGCGUCGUCUUGACUGGAUGAUCAUGCCUAUACUAUGGUUCAUGUACUGGCUCAAUUACUUAGACCGCAACGCCAUUGCCCUGGCCAGACUCAACACCCUCGAAGAAGACCUCAACCUCACCUCGACAGAAUACCAAACAUGCGUCUCGAUACUCUUUGUCGGAUACGUCAUCGUCGGUAUCCCCGCGAACAUGGUCGUGACGCGAGUCCGCCCGAGCCUGUGGAUGAGCUCCUGCAUGGCUGUCUGGGCCAUCAUUAGUGCCCUCACGGCAGUCAGCCAGAAUUACACGGGCUUACUGCUCACUCGCUUCUUCCUCGGCAUCACCGAAGCGCCUUACUAUCCAGGUGCGCUAUACGUGCUCGCUACGUUCUACACGCGUAAGGAGUUGGCGACGAGAAUAUCGAUUCUGUAUACUGGGAAUAUCCUAGCAACGGCCUUUGCUGGAUUAAUUGCGCUUGGGAUCUUCCAGAUGCACGGCAUGGCCGGUAUCGCGGGCUGGAGAUGGCUUUUCAUCAUCCAGGGCGUAGUCACCCUCAUCAUCGCCAUAAUAGCCUUCUUCAUCCUUCCCGAUGAACCCCUCACUACGAGAUGGCUAAGCCCAGAAGAGCGUAUCCUAGCCAACGAGCGCAUUUUGCGAGAUACGGUCGGAAACACUGGCCAAACAACAACCUGGUCCGGUCUCCUUGAGGCUGCCAAAGAUCCGAAGGUCUGGCUCUUCACUGCAAUGCAACACUGUCAUCUUGGCGCCAACGGGUUCAAGAACUUCUUUCCGACCGCGGUUGAGACUUUGGGUUUUGAUGAGACGAUUACGCUAGUCCUCACUUGUCCUCCGUAUCUUAUUGCGGGAAUAAUAUCGAUUGCUUGGUCCUGGUCCUCUGGAAGAUUCAAUGAACGUACUUGGCACAUCACCAUCGCAAAAUCAAUUGCAGUAUUCGGCUUCAUUCUCGGCUGCGCUACCCUGAAUACGGGUGCUAGAUAUUUCUCAAUGGUCGUCUUCUCGGUAGGCACAUAUGCAGUGAACUCGAUUAUACUGGGUUGGGUCUCGGCGACUUGCUCUCAGACGAAAGAGAAGAAGGCAUCUUCGCUCGCGAUAGUCAACUGUAUCGCCGUCGCAUCCUUCAUCUGGACACCCUACAUGUGGCCCAAGUCCGACGAGCCUCGGUACGUCAUGGCGAUGUCUUCGAGCGCGGCGCUUAGCGUUGCGACUGCCAUGGGCGCAUGGGCGAUGCGGUUCUGGCUCAAGAAUGAGAACAGGAAGAUUCGGCAGUCCGAGAACGAAAACGUUCUAUUUUAUGCGUACUGA